AUUUUCAGAUUGUCUAUUAACAAGAUAGAAGACAAAGAAGAGUACAGGAGACUUUGACCAGAAUUUAUAGUAAACACAGGCCUUACCGAGCCGGCUGGACUCCUAUCAACAUGAGCACCUUCAAGGCGAUUCUUCUGUGCAGAUUCCACUCCUCGAUAGCAGAAGCCAUGAGAAGUCCACUAAGGAACAGAAAGUAAAACCAAGGAACGUCCAAAUAUAACUUUUGAACAAGUUUACAGGCUUUUCAUUACUCCUGGAGUCCGACCAGCACCGACUCUUUGCUCCUAUCUCUGUGGUCACAAUGUUUCAGCAAGUACCUGCCGAUACCCCAUUCUAUACCAGCUCUGGGAUACAGAUCAUUCCUUCUCCGGUUCCUCAUCAGCCGACUAUUAUCCAGCAGCUUCCAACAGAUUUCACUCCCCCCCUGUCUCAUCCGAUUCGAUAUGGUCGUGCUAAAGAAGAUUUGAUAGAGCUGAUGAUGAUCCAGAAUGCCCAGAUGCAUCAGGUUAUAAUGAACAACAUGACAAUGUCUGCUCUUUCCAGCUUUGGAUAUGGUUCUACGCCACCUCCCCCUGUGCCAAAUAUCAUGCCAGUGCAAAUUGAAGACGAUGAACCAAUGGUCUACCACCAUCAUUAUGAGUCGUACCCAGCCAGCUAUCCAACAUACCCAACAUAUCCCACCCUGCCUCCUAUGGCACCUGUGCCUCACCGUGAGCCGACCGUCAGACACAUCGGACAAGACACACUGCCAGCUACACCCUCUCACCAUGUGGACCUACGGGCAGUACCACCACCGCCACCACUGAGCGCCACUGGCACGGUAGGAGCAGACAUCCCUCCAGCUUCAGAAUAUUAUGACUUGACUGAAGCAAGAAUAUGAUACAUCCAGAAGAAAGCUUUAAAUAUAUAUAUUUGAUU